AUGUCUUCCGGGUCUCCCUCCGAUCCGCCGCGCGGUGGCACCGCCGGUCUGGGGUCGAGUCCUCCGUCCGCAACCAGUGGAAAGGGUACGCCCCAGACGAGCGACGAAGACGCCAGCGUCGAACUCAAGACAAUGAAACCGGAGCGCGGAGGUGUCAAGGGAUCGAUUCCCCUCGGCGAGGAUAUCAUGCAGGUGGCCCGGAUAGGGGAGGUCGCGGCGAUGCAGAGACUGUUCGACGAGAAGAAGUUUACGGCGACCUACACGGACGAAGAGGGGAUUACUCCAUUACAUUGGGCUGCGAUCAACAACCAGUAUGCGAUGUGCAAGUUCCUGCUCGACUGCGGAGCCGACGUCAACGCGAAAGGAGGAGAGUCCGUGGCCACACCGGCCAUGUGGGCAGCACAGCGGUGUCACUACUAUAUCGUCCAUCUUCUCCUGCAGCACGGCGCCGAUCCGCUCCUGACCGACGUCCAAGGCUACAACAUCCUCCAUCUGGCCACCAUCGACGGCAACGCCUUCCUCCUCGUCCUCCUCCUGCACCAGGAGAUCCCCGUCGACGUUCCCGACCAGCAGGGCCAUACGGGGCUGAUGUGGGCGGCCUACAAGGGGUAUCCGGCGUGCGUGGAUCUGUUCUUGCGUUGGGGCGCCAACCCGAACGCCGUGGAUGAUGGUGGGCUCGCGCCGCUCCACUGGGCGCUGGUCAAGGGGUCGCUGCCGUGUGUCCUGAAGAUUUUGGAGUACGGCGGGGAUCGGUUCGCUAAGACGAGUGAUGGCAAGACGCCUGCGGUCGUGGCGGGAGAGAUGAACACCACGCGGGCGUGGUACCGUGCUCUGGACGAGUGUGGGUAUGAUUUCGACGGGAAUGCAAAGGUCCUCCCGAUGGGAAUGGGAUCCUGGGUGCGGAACAAGAGCGUCAUGUCCAAGUUCUUUUUCCUGUGGCCUUUCAUGAUGGUGUUUGUCGCCGUGUGGAUCCUCAGCAACAUGGUGAUCUACGCUGCGAUCCCGAUCACGCUUGUGGCGCUGUUUGGACUGCAAUGGGUGGCUCAGAAGAUCGCCAGUAAAGGGCCUUCUGAGUACCGGAUCCUUCAAAAAACUCCGUAUCUUGCUGGCGUCUUUGCUGGUUCUUUGUUCUGGGUCGGUGUCCGAUACGUCCUGCAUGUGAUGCCCGCGACGUACUCGACGUCGCCCUUUUUGAAUUUCUUCUUCGUGCUGUUUUAUUGUCUGACGACGUACUUUUACAUCUUUGCGAUGAUUGGAGACCCGGGCUUCGUGCCCAAGCUCGGCAGCCGGAACCAGCAGCGGGCGGUCAUCUCGGAUCUGUUCCAGGAAUGGAAGUUUGACGAGGAGAAUUUCUGCGUGUCCUGCAUGGUCCGGAAGCCGCUGCGGAGCAAACAUUGCAAGCGUUGCGGGCGCUGCGUGGCGAAGCAUGACCAUCAUUGUCCUUGGAUCGAUAACUGUGUUGGCGCCAACAACCUGCGCCAUUUUGUCCUAUACAUUGUCUGUCUCGAAGUCGGCAUCAUCCUGUUUAUCCAGCUUACCUUUAACUACAUCAACGUCCUGCCCGCCCCCGCCAACCCCCAAUGCAACGUGAUCAACGAUACGCUCUGCGGCUACGUGCUCAGGGACACGUUCACUCUGGUCCUGGACGUGUGGGUUGUCAUUCAGCUGGUCUGGGUUACGAUGCUCUGCGCCGUGCAGCUGGUGCAAAUCUCGCGCAACCAGACGACGUACGAGAACAUGCGCGGCCACUCGAUCGACCGGGGCUACCCGAGCUCGCGGGCGUUCGCCUCCGCCAUGACGGCGGGCACGACCUCGCUCGACGCCGCAGGGCUGUCCGCGUCCGGCCAGGGGCCCAACCCAGCCGUGGGCCGAGGCGGCCCGCAUCGCCACCGCAAACACGGCUGUCUCAAGCAGUGGUCGUCGCUGCUGGGCAUCGACACGUUCUUCGCGACAGCGCGCGACGGCCUGCGCGACGGGCCCGGCGGUGCGGCCCGUCCGCGCAACCCCUGGUCCCGAGGCGUGGUCACGAACUGUCGGGAUUUCUGGUGCGACCCGGCGCCGGUGUUUGGACGCCGCGAGCCUGGUGCGGCGAUGCUCGGCGGCGAGGUGGUCAACUACACGCGGAUGUACGAGGUGCCGUCGCGGAUGCAUCGGGGCGGUGCGUAUCACAGCCUGGCGGGAGACGAGCCGGUGUAG